AUGGCGUACUCCAUCCACGAAACCGGCCGUCCGAACAGCCUAGAGCACCGCAUCUACCUCAGCCGGGGCUCUAGCCUGCUCUCCCCCUGGCACGAGGUCCCUCUGUACACCGAGCAGCGAGGGAUUGUGAAUAUGAUCGUGACGGUGCCUCGCUGGACGCACCAGAGCAUGACGAUUGCCAAAGACGAAUUCCUUACGCCUCUCAGACCGGACACCCACAAGGGAGAACUGCGCUAUGUGCCCAAUAUUUUCCCUCAUAGGGGGUAUCCCUGGACCUACGGGGCUUUGCCUCAAACAUUCGAAGACCCCAAUGUCGAAGACCAGAUCAGCCGGCUGCCCGGCGACAACGAGCCGCUCGACGUGAUCGAUCUCGCGGGAGACGGCGACGUCGGCCACACCGGCCAAGUGCGCGAGGUGAAGGUUCUCGGGGCGAUUGGGGUGAUCGGCUUCAGCGAGACGGACUGGAAGAUCGUGGCGAUCGACACGCGCAGCGAGCUGGCGGAGAGGAUGCAGGAGAUCGAGGAUGUGGAAACACACAUGCCUGGCUUUUUGGGCACCAUCAAGGAAUGGUUCCGUGUCUAUCCCCUCGCCGAGGGGGGAUGUACGAACCAGGACGUCUUCCGGGGGGAACUGGAAUUGGCAAAGGGGAAGGCGUUCGCCUCUAUGCUCAUCGAACGCAGCCAUCAGAGCUGGAACAAGAUCGAGACCAAAACAAGGUAA